ACUUUGCGAGUCCCGCGAAGGUGGCGGAUCCUCGCAAGGAUGGUUGCGCCGGGACCUGUCCUCGCGCUGGUUCUGCCAUUAAUCCUGUGCGCCGACAGGAGUGCAGGUAUUGGUUUUCGCUUUGCUUCAUACAUCGAUAAUUACAUGGUGCUGCAGAAGGAGCCUGCUGGGGCAGUGAUAUGGGGCUUUGGUACACCUGGCGCCACAGUGACAGUGACCCUGUGCCAAGGUCAAGAAACCAUCAUGAAGAAAGUGACCAGUGUGAAAGCACACUCUGAUACCUGGAUGGUGGUGCUAGAUCCUAUGAAGCCUGGUGGACCUUUCGAAGUGAUGGCACAACAGACUUUGGGGAGAACGAACUUCACCCUGAGAGUUCAUGAUGUCUUAUUUGGAGAUGUCUGGCUCUGUAGUGGGCAGAGUAACAUGCAGAUGACUGUUUUACAGAUAUUUAAUGCUACAAAGGAGCUGUCUAACACUGCUGCCUACCAGUCUGUCCGCAUCCUCUCCGUCUCUCUCGUUCAGGCAGAGCAAGAGCUGGAGGACCUCGUUGCGGUUGACUUGCAGUGGUCUAAGCCCACCUCAGAAAACUUAGGCCAUGGAUAUUUCAAGUAUAUGUCGGCAGUGUGCUGGCUCUUUGGGCGUUACCUGUAUGACACUCUGCAGUAUCCCAUUGGGCUGAUCUCCUCCAGCUGGGGCGGGACACCCAUUGAAGCCUGGUCAUCUGGAAGGUCACUGAAAGCCUGUGGAGUCCAUAAGCAAGGGACCAUUCCAUAUGAUUCUGUGACUGGUCCCAGUGAGCACUCUGUUCUCUGGAACGCCAUGAUCCAUCCGCUGCAUAACAUGACUCUGAAAGGGGUGGUGUGGUACCAGGGGGAGUCCAAUACAAAUUAUAACACAGACCUGUACAAUUGCACGUUCCCUGCGCUCAUCGAAGACUGGCGCCAGACCUUCCACCGCGGCUCCCAGGGGCAGACGGAGCGCUUCUUCCCAUUUGGAUUUGUGCAGUUAUCUUCAACUUUGUCUAAGGAUACCUCAGAUGAUGGAUUUCCCCAGAUCCGUUGGCAUCAAACAGCCGACUUUGGCUACGUCCCCAACCUAAAGAUGCCCAACACUUUCAUGGCCGUAGCUAUGGAUCUCUGUGACAAGGACUCGCCUUUUGGCAGCAUCCACCCUCGAGAUAAAAAGACCGUGGCUUAUCGUCUGCACCUGGGGGCCCGUGCUGUGGCUUACGGUGAGAAGAGUGUGACCUUUCAAGGACCACUUCCUGAGACGAUAGAGCUCUUGGCUGACAAGGGGUGGCUCAGCCUCUCCUAUGACCAGCAAAUCCAAGUGCAGAAGCAGGACGACAAGAUAUUUGAGAUCUCAUGUUGCAGUGACCAUCAAUGCAAGUGGCUUCCAGCUCCCAUGAACACUUUCUCCACCCAGACCCUGACUCUGUUGAUCAGUUCUUGUCAUGGCACUGUGGUUGCUCUGCGCUAUGCCUGGACCACCUGGCCUUGUGAAUAUAAGCAGUGUCCCCUAUACCACCCUGACAGUACCCUGCCAGCCCCUCCCUUCGUUGCUUUCAUCACAGACCAGGUUCCUGGACAUUAGAGAGAGGCUGCAGAUGACAGCUGCAGUAUGAUUAGAAUUUAGAUAUAAGGGUGUGUCUUUUAGAUUUUGGCAUUUAUGAGUUUAAAUGGUAACUGUUGCUUUUAAAGGAAAUUAACAGAAAACCUCAUUGAAUAGCUUCCAGCUACCACAGGGCUGUUCCUAUAUUCUGAGGCACUAGGGCUUGUAGGUAACUUGAAAUGCUUGCCUCUUGUCUCCUAGUUUGUCUAAGGGUCUGUAUUGGACUAAUUCUGCACAAAGUGUCAUUCACUUCCCUCCUGUUAUUGGGAGUGAAAUGCCUAACACUUUUGCCCCUUUGUGGGAUCUCAGGGUUGGAAGAGAUUUUAAGGGCCACAUGGAUCAGGUAGUGCUUAUGUGUUCUUUAUAAAAUCUCUGACAAGUGGUUAUUGCAUCUCUGUAUGAAGUUUCCAUUCUAAACUUUCUAACAGUUUUCCCUUAUGUGGAACUGAAAUCUUUCUCUCAUGGGGAGAGAAACUGAAACUUCACUACUGAAACUUUACUACUACAUGACAGUCUAUCAAAUAAUUGAAUAUAGGCCUAUUUGUAUUCUCUUUAAGCCAGAAAUGAUUGUUCCUUCAAUCUAAAUAUUGAUAAUGUGAAUGUUUGAACAAACCAGAACGAUGUGCAGGCAUUUUGGGAGGUGCUAAGGGAGUGCCUUAAGGAAUGAAAAGAAAGGGCCAGAUGGUAGUAGCUGAGGGAAGGCACUCAGGGACGGGUGGGGAAACACGGGCUUAGGAAAACACGAAAGUAGAGGUAACAAAGGCAAGUGGGUCAUUCAAGUUAAAUACAAAUCCCAGGCUCUGUAAAGGUAAAAGGUUUAACUGAGGAUAAUCCGGAAGGAAGAAAAAAAUGAGGCUGAAAGUAAAGCUACAUGGUAAGCAGAUAGUACAAUAACGCAGAUGCAACAAAUGGGAAAGAGGCCUUUUGUGUGUCCUGUUAAGAAGCUUAAUGUGGUUUAUUGGUUGAUUAAAAAUAGUUAAUGGCAU